AUGAGAAUCGGAACCAUUUUCGCCGCUGUCACCACCGUGGUCGGCCUUGCCUCUGCCGCAGUACUGCAGUCCCAGGGCCGCACCUCUGAGGAUGGCCAUGACAAGGUCAUGGAGCGCCGGAGUUAUGGACAUUAUCACUCACAGAGCAGUGAUUCUAGUUACUGGGACUCGCCAGUCACACAUAGGGAGCACAGACCGGCCCCCAGUCCACCGCAGCGGUGCAAGGUUGAGUUUGGCAGAGCCAAUAAACCUAUCGGGCAGGCAAUAGAAUACUGGGACAGGGAUUUUAUCAUCCAAGGGUAUACGUUUCAUUGCUAUGCGGAUUGUACCCUUAAAGGAGACUACAACUUUCCUCGCAACCAGGGGUAUUGGGUAACGAGCAUGAGGGUUUAA